CUCCCCACCACAGUCCAUGUAAAAUGGACUUUUACAUUCCAGCCCCAGCUGACUUUUCUAGUGUCACCUUCCCCUGUUGCCACAUGGCACACUGGACUCUGUAACCCAUUCCAGCCUCCUUGCUUCUUUUUACUGCCUGAAAUGUCACUGACAUCUCGACACCUGCUAUCCACAAUCCUGGUUCUUAUGGUUCCCUCCCCUUUCCCACAGACCAAAGAGGAAGUUUUCUUCUGUGUUACCAUAGCAUUUACAUUAUAAUUCUGACCUCAGUUAUUCUUGUUGCUCAUAGUUUCUCUCCUCCUGUGAACUGUGAGCAGUUUCAUGGCAGGAACCUUCUAUCAUCACUCCUUCAUCCUCACGCCCCAACACCUGGCAAAGUGCUCAUCACAGGUGUUGAGGAAGGAUAUUUGUGGAAACAAUUGUGAUUUAAGUAUUUGAUAUCCAUUGGGGCUUGCUGUAGAUUGCUCUCAAUUAAGUAUUAAUCCUGAUAACAGGUUUCUAAUAUCACCGUGUUAGUUUCCUGACCAGCAAAAUAAAAAUGUUCAUCUAUGCUACACAGCAAUUCAUGUGUAAGAACAAAUAAACAGCUCAAGUGCCAGGAAGAAUGUUGGCAAACUGCUUUCUCAAGUCCACUGAAGAAAAGUGAGGGGUCGCUUGCCAAGAUGAAGACUCAGAUUUUGGAUAUUUUGCUUGGCCUGAAUUUGCUUAGAUAUAAAAAUAGGGGAUUAAAUUCUCCUGUAACUUUAAAAUUAUAUUCUUGCAAUGAUUCUACUUACCAAGUGUUAAAUUUACAUAAACAUUUUUUGGUGCUCAAAUUAGCAAUAAAACCUACACUAAAAGUCCUCUUUCCAGCAACGCCUCAAAGCAUGGUCUGAAGUUUAUUUGACCACUAAUAAUGGAUGUGCAAACACAUUAGGUGAUCACUUCCACAACUGCUCUGCUUCUUUAAGAGAGCUCGGUUGUUAAGUUAGAAGAUCAUUGAACCAUAUGAGGGUCAAUAAAAGAAUAAAAAUAUCAUUCAUUACUGAUCUGAGUACAAGGAACUUGAUCCUAGUUCAGUAUCUGUGUCCAUACACUGCUGACCGGCAUUGGAGGGGGACUGUCUGGUCUCUGCAGUCACAUUUCCUCGGGAUGGCUUCGGGCAGUCUAAUCAAGCUGCUGGUAUUUGAGAUUCUUGAGUUUGCUGCUUUCUCCAUUCCCACGCUUGUGAUUAUGGAACAGUUUGCAACUGCCUAUCAAGUGACAAGGAAUAAUGCAGAAAAAACUCACUAUUGGCUGAUCGUCUCCUGUUCAAUUGCCUAUGUGGCUUCAGUGAGCCUAUUGGUUUGGGUUCCCAUAAAAGUUCUCUUAUACAAGAAACAUCGUCUUACAAAAAAAAUUAAAGGAUGGCGACCUGUUAUGAUGAUGUGUGUGGUAUGCACCACGCUCCCCAGCUUCAGCUUUUCUAUAGCAGUGACUGAGGUUCAAAAGAAUAUUAAUGGUUCUGCUGAUGUCUUACCUAACACCUUGCCUGAUCUGCCAGUCUCUCUGGUUCUGACUUCCUUGAUCAUAGUUGACAUUAUUGAAAAACUCAGGAUAUAUCCUCUUAGAGGAAGGCAAAAGAGUGAUGAAGAAAGGCACAUCCAUACUUCCACUGUGCAGCAAAUAAAAACUGUGACGGAUCAAGUGAGGCAAAGUGAAGGAAACGCUGCUGCGCAUCCCCAGCCAGCCAAGAGGACAGCGCUGUCAAUGCCAUCAGUCGCCACAACGCAGAGGCCUGCUCCUGAGCAGGCUGGGCCCCAGGAGCCCUCCUUCCAAUCUGGAAUCCUGAGAGCUCUGUCCCAACAGGACGUCCGAGCGGAGAUUUUCCUGUGGAGCUUUCUGCUGUGGUCGGACACCGUAGAAAUGAUGCGUGUGGCUGGUCACCACGCCGUGUACAAGUCAGCCUGGAUAUACCCAGUUUAUAUAUUUAGUUUUAUUUCACUUCUGCGAAUUAUACUCACUCCUCAGAACCCUCUUCUGAAUUCCCUGGGCAUCCUGCUCCAGGAUUUACCCUUUACUUUUGUCAGACUCAGUUUAAUCAUUGACUUGGGAACUAUCACCCCUGUAUUGGGCCUAUGCAAAAAUGUACUGGUGACUCUCUCUUAUGUUUACUUCAAUCACUUAACCAAAUUCAGGGUGUUCUCUACCUUUGAAUUCUCUUCAUUUUAAAAAGAAAAUGUAAUAUAGUCAAACCUCUUUAUUAUGCAUGUGUACACAUUUGUAUUAUUAUUUUCUGGGGCAUAAG